AGCGCACUGACACGCCUUCUGUCAAACAUGGCUGUGCUGUGGAAAAAGGAGAAAUGUUAAUUGUGUUGGUCUUGUGGGGAAAAGCAGCAGACAUGCUCGAUUGGCGGACUAUUUAUGGUGGUGGGCUACGACCAGGAGAAAGCCGGUUCGGGAGAAGGCUGUGGGAAGAUCAUUCAACGAUUCCCCAAGAAGGACUGGGAUGGGACUGCUUUUCCUCAGGGGGUGGAGAUGUUCUGCCAGCCUGGAGGUUGGAGAUUGUCCAGGGAGAGGAAAGCACCCACCUUCUUCACUGUUGUGCUGACAGAUAUUGAUUCAGACAGACACUACUGCUCCUGCCUCACUUUCUACGAGGCUGAGGUCAAUCUGCAGGGAUCAAAGGGUAUUGAAGCUGAUGGAGAUGAUGAUGAGGAGGAGGCGGAGGAGGAUGGCCUGAUCCAGCCGGCUCAAGUGUUUGCACCAAAAAGUCUCAUUCUUGUUUCCAGGCUGGAUUAUCCUGAAAUAUUCCGGGGCUGCUUGGGUCUGAUCUACACAGUGUACAUUGACAGCCUGAGUUUCCCUUUGGAGGGUCUGGUGGCCAAUCUUUUUACAUUUCAAGUUCCUGUUGCUGGUGGAUCUCAGAAGCUGUUUAGCCUUGGAGCAGGAGACCGACAGCUUAUUCAGACCCCCCUGAAUGACACUUUACCUGUCACUUCCAAGAGUGUCGCACUACUGUUUCAGCAGCUUGGCAGCCAAACAUCCAGACUGAGCGCCCCCAGUGGUGCGGAUAUGUCUGCAAGUGUUCCUCUUUAUCACUCCAGUGAGAACCCAAAUCCCCACAUGGCCUUCCAGAAAGUGCCUCGGCCAUCAGAGGGGUCCCACCUACGGGUACACCAGGUGCCCUUCCCCCUACUCGACGAUGAGAGGGUGGGGAGGCUGCUGCAGGAGGGUGUGGCAAAGCACAUUUGUGCACCUUCCUCCACACGACCCGAGAGGAAGUGUGUUGUGCCUGCCGGACCAGUUGUUGUGUCCAUUGUAGGUAAAAGCAGCUCUGUGUUUAACAGCGCUCGGAGGCUGGAGGUGGUGCGUAACUGCAUUUCCUUCAUCUUCAACAAGAAUACCUUGGAGACUGAAAAGACUCUGCCCGCAGCACUUCGUGCCCUCAAAGGCAAGGCAGCUCGACAGUGUCUUACAGAGGAACUGAGUCUUCGUGUCCAGGAGAACCGUGCUAUACUGGACCAUCAACAGUUUGACUACAUUAUUCGCAUGCUGAACUGCGCCCUCCAGGACUGUUCCAGUUCAGAGGAGUAUACUGUAGCUGCUGCACUGCUGCCACUGUCAACAGCCUUUUAUCGGAAACUGGCUGCUAGUGUGAACCAGUUUGCCUACACCUGCAUACAGGAUCAUCCCAUCUGGACCAACCAGCAGUUCUGGGAAGCCACUUUUUACAGCGAGGUCCAGAGCCAGAUCCGAGCCCUGUACCUUAGUGCCCCAGAGGAGAAAGGAGGCAUCAUGGCCAGAUUAAAAGAUCACGACCCGGUAACUGCUGAGGGUAGAGAUGAGCAGCAGACAGCCAUGGACCUGGCAGCAGAACAGCUACGUUUGUGGCCCAGUCUAAACAAGGAGAAGCAGUAUGAGCAGGUGAAGAAUGAAGAGAGCACCGUAUUCAGCCAGGCCAUCCACUAUGCAAACCUCAUGGUUUACCUGCUGGUGCCUUUAGACACCAGCAAGAACAAGCUGCUCCGUGCUGCACCUGCUGCUGACUGGGAAAGUGGCAGCAACAGCAUCGUCACGAACAGCAUUGCUGGGAGCGUGGCAGAGAGUUUUGACACAGAAAGUGGCUUUGAGGACUCUGAGAACAGUGAUGUAGCCAACUCUGUGGUAAGGUUUGUUGCUCGUUUCAUUGACAAGGUGUGCACCCAGAGCGGAGUGACGCAGGACCACAUCAAGAGUUUACACAGUAUGAUUCCAGGCAUUGUUGCUAUGCAGAUGGAGGCUUUAGAGGCGGUCCACAGGGAGAGCAGGAGGUUGCCUCCCAUUCAGAAGCCUAAAAUUCUACGCCCAACGCUUCUUCCCGGAGAGGAGUUUGUGUCAGAGGAGUUGCGGGUGCUUCUGGACCCUGACGGCAGGGAGGAGGCCACAGCGGGCCUACUGGGGGGCCCGCACAUACUGCCAGCAGAGGGAGCCCUCUUUCUCACCACCUACCGCAUCGUUUUCAAAGGCAUCCCUCAUGAUCCACUGGUCGGUGAACAGGUAGUGAUCAGAGCUUUUCCGGUCUCCACCCUGGUCAAAGAGAAGAAAAUCAGCAUUCAGAACCAGCUGCAGCAGAACAUGCAGGAAGGCCUGCAGCUACGCUCUUCGUGUUUCCAGUUGAUAAAAGUGGCUUUUGAUGAGGAGGUGAGUUCCGAAAUGGUGGAAAUCUUCAGGAAACAUCUCCAGAGGAUCCGCUACCCGCAGUCCCUCUUCAGUUUUUUUGCAUUUGCUGCUGGACAAACAUCGGCUCAGCUCAUCCUUCCAAAGCAAAAGGAGAGGAAUACCGGCUUCAGAACACUGUCCAAAACGAUUGUCAAAGGAGCCAGGAUGGCUGGAAAGAUCACAAUGGGCCGCGGUGGCCAGACAACACUGAAGAAGAAUGAACGAGGCAGCAGAAUGACCUGGCACGAAGAUGAUGACAUUUCAAUAUCAGAUGAUGGUGAGGCACCUCCUAGCAGCACGUUGCGAUCAUCAGAGAAGUCUACCAUGGAGCAGCUGGUGGAGCAGUCCUGUUUCCGUGACUACCAGCGCCUUGGCCUGGGCACCAUCAAUCCCAGCUCCUCUCGUUCAAAGUCAGGCGAGCAGUUCCGAGUUACACCCGUGAACAGACUCUACUCCCUUUGUCGCAGUUAUCCAGGGUUGCUUGUGGUUCCUCAGGCUAUACAGGACAGCAGUUUACACAAAGUAGCCCGCUGCUACCGACAUAACCGUCUGCCUGUGGUGUGCUGGAAACAUCCUCGCACCAAAGCUGUGCUGCUCCGCUCGGGAGGCUUCCAUGGCAAGAGUGUCGUUGGACUGUUCAAGUCUCAGAACCCCUCUUCAACAGCCCCUACCUCAUCCUCAGAAUCAUCCAGUAGUCUUGAACAAGAGAAGUACCUGCAAGCCAUCCUGGACUCCAUCCCGAUCUACUUCAGAUUGAACGGAAGUGACACCCUGUCCAACCGAUCUCUCGUUGGCCUCUCUCCAGGCAACGAAAGGAAGACAUCCAGAUUACCAAAGAUGGCUCCUGUCCAUUUAGACCUCCCAUUCUCAAACAGCUUUACUAGAGGAGUGCUUGAGUACAGAGAUAAACUGUUCACUCCCUCAAACCAAAAACCUGCCAGUAAGGAUAAAAUGCAAAAUCAAGGCAUGUGGGCCAGCCUCCGCUCCAGCAGUAGACUCAGCCAUCACCAUUCAGCAGUAGAUGUGGGUGCCAGGCUUGCAGGGAAGGAUCUGGCGCCCCUUGCAGGCAGUAGCAGUUUGCAGGCUCAGCUUCUCAAGCAGCAAGCUGCAUUCUACAUCUUUGGAGAAAAAUCUCAUCUGAGGGGCUUAAAAGUAGAUUCCUCUCUGAACUGUGAACUUGUGCCAGUGGACUUUGUGGACUCACGGCAGGUGAAAUCAUCUUUUAAAAAGCUACUGAGAGCCUGUGCUCCAAGUGCCACCUCUUCUGACUCGGAGGACUCCUUCCUUAAAGCCUUGGAGGACUCCGAAUGGAUUCUGCAGCUUCACAAGAUUCUGCAGCUGGCAAUGAUUCUGGUGGAGCUUCUGGACAGCGGCUCAUCUGUUCUCCUUAGCCUGGAGGACGGCUGGGACAUUACUACACAAGUGGUGUCGCUGGUGCAGCUGCUGAGCGAUCCUUUCUACCGAACACUGGAAGGUUUUCAGGUGCUGCUGGAAAAAGAGUGGUUGUCCUUCGGCCAUAAAUUCUGCCAGCGAAGCAACCUGAGUCCCAGCAGCCAGGGCAGUGGCUUCACACCCAUCUUCUUACAGUUUUUGGACUGUGUGCACCAGGUUAGGUUUUGGACCCAAUAUCCUCUGGAGUUUGAGUUUAAUCAGUAUAUCUAAAGUUCUGGCUUAUCAUCAAUCUCUAACCGCUUUCAGAACUUUCCUUUGGAUUCGGACUAUGAGCGCUUGGAACAUGGUUUGUUGUUUGAGGAUAAGGGUGAUAAACAGGCACGGAGGGGCAUCUGCAUUUGGGAGUGCAUCGCCAGAAUGCACAGGAGGAGUCCGAUCUUCUUCAACUAUCUGUACAACUCUUCAGAGAGAGAGGUGAUCCUGAAGCCAUCUGCUGCUGUUCCCAGCUUGAAUAAAUGGGACUUCUUCACAGAAGAGACUCUGUCCACUGGGCCAUGUUUUGACUGGAGGAUGAUGGCUGUGCGGUCAGAGACCUCAGAGGCCUUCUCCAACAGUAAGAGGAAAAUCGUGUGGCCAUGUUACACCAGCGUGGCCCGUGCCCAGCCAGAUGCCAUUACCAAACUCCUGGCUGACAUCAAGAAGCUGGAGGCUGAGCUAAACCAGGCCUCAGAGCGAUGGCAGACCACACUGGAGAAAGUCAGAAUCAGCAUUCAGGAAGACCUCAAGCAAGAAGGAAAUCUUCAUAAGCAGUCGUUAUCCAUCUCCGGACUUAUUUCCACGUCCAGCCUGCAGGCCCUUCAGCGGCGCUCCAUGCUGCACCUGCCAGACACCGGGCUGGGCGAAGACAGAAGUAAUGCCACCACCAAUGGGGUUAACCGCCGUGCUGCAACACUUUACAACCAGUUUACUCCCAAGAGUGAAGAGAACAGGUCAUACGAGGGGAUCCUGUACAAGCGUGGCGCUCUGCUGAAAGGCUGGAAACCUCGCUGGUUUGUAUUGGAUAUUACAAAGCACCAGCUGAGGUAUUACGACACCGGAGAGGACACCAACUGCAGAGGUCACGUUGAUCUGGCCGAGGUAGAGUCUGUGAUGAUCGCAGCCCCCACCAUAGGAGCUCCUAAACACAUCAACGAAAAGGCCUUCUUUGAUCUGAAGACCAGCAAGCGUGUGUACAACUUCUGUGCUUCAGACGCAGCCAGCGCCCAGCUGUGGAUGGACAAGAUCCAGAGCUGCAUCUCUGACGCGUGAGCACGGACCUCAGAGGUCAGGAGCAUAUCCUGAACGUUAAGAGGCGGCUUCAGGUGGCUGAGAACAGAGACAUCACAAUCACUCACCACAGUGUUCAGAUGUCAUGAAGAUGGAACAAAGUGCCUGGUGGGGG